UCUGCGAGCAAGAUCCGGGAGGAAACCGUGGGAAGGCAAAUGCAGUGGGGCCACGGGCGAGGUUGCUCUAUAGAGGCCCGCCGGAGUCCCGAGGGCGGCUCAAGUCGGAGUUGUUGGGUUUCGCUCAGGCGGCUGUGGGAAGACGCAGCCACUUCCCCCUGCUGAGGGCCGAGGGCUCCCGCCCAGCUUGCCCUUUAGCUGUGGAGGCGGCGAGGCGGGCCCCCUGGCUGGUCAUCAUGUGGGCCUUCCCCGAGUUGCCGAUGCCGCUGCUGGUGAAUUUGUUCGGCUCGCUGCUGGGAUUUGUGGCCACAGUCACCCUCAUCCCCGCCUUCCGUGGCCACUUCAUCGCCGCGCGCCUCUGUGGCCAGGACCUCAACAAAAUCGGCCAGCAGCAAAUCCCAGAGUCCCAGGGAGUGAUCAGCGGUGCUGUUUUCCUUAUCAUCCUCUUCUGCUUCAUCCCUUUCCCUUUCCUGAACUGCUUUGUGGAGGAGCAGUGUAAAGCCUUCCCGCACCAUGAAUUUGUGGCCCUGAUAGGUGCGCUCCUUGCCAUCUGCUGCAUGAUUUUCCUGGGCUUCGCGGACGAUGUACUGAAUCUGCGCUGGCGCCAUAAGCUGCUGCUGCCUACAGCUGCCUCACUACCUCUUCUCAUGGUCUAUUUCACCAACUUUGGCAACACGACCGUUGUGGUACCCAAGCCCUUCCGUCCGAUUCUUGGCCUGCAUCUGGACUUGGGGAUCCUGUACUACGUUUACAUGGGGCUGCUGGCCGUGUUCUGUACCAAUGCCAUCAAUAUCCUAGCAGGAAUUAAUGGCCUAGAGGCUGGCCAGUCGCUAGUCAUUUCUGCUUCUAUCAUUGUCUUCAAUCUGGUGGAGCUGGAAGGUGAUUAUCGGGAUGAUCAUGUCUUUUCCCUCUACUUCAUGAUACCCUUUUUUUUCACCACUUUGGGAUUGCUCUACCAUAACUGGUACCCAUCACGGGUGUUUGUGGGAGAUACCUUCUGUUACUUUGCUGGCAUGACCUUUGCCGUGGUGGGCAUCUUGGGACACUUCAGCAAGACCAUGCUACUCUUCUUCAUGCCCCAGGUGUUCAACUUCCUCUACUCACUGCCUCAGCUCCUGCAUAUCAUACCCUGCCCUCGCCACCGUAUGCCCAGACUCAAUACCAAGACAGGCAAACUGGAGAUGAGCUAUUCCAAGUUCAAGACCAAGAGCCUCUCUUUCUUGGGCACCUUUAUUCUAAAGGUAGCAGAGAGUCUCCAGCUAGUGACCGUGCACCGGAAUGAGAAUGACGACGGUGCCUUCACAGAGUGUAACAACAUGACCCUCAUCAACUUGGUACUUAAGGUCUUCGGGCCCAUGCAUGAGAGGAACCUGACCCUGCUGCUGCUGCUGCUCCAGAUCCUCGGCAGUGCUGUCACCUUCUCCAUUCGGUACCAGCUUGUCCGGCUCUUCUACGAUGUCUGAGUCCCCUGAUCAUUGCCCUGUACUGCACGGUCUGCAGGGUUCCUGACUCAGGCCCACCACCUCUUUCUGGACGCGAAAUGCCUCCUGGCCAGGCCUCUCCCACCUUUCAUUCUCCUCCAGAUUUUGUACUUAGCAUUUCCUUUCUGCUGUGAUUAUUGACAUCUAACGACUGUGGAUUGGAUUUUGGCUAUGGCUUCCUUCAACCUGCCACUCUCCCUCUCCAUCCCGUCUUUGCAGCCUCCGAAGGUGGGAUACUGCAGCUUUUAUGCAGUUAUCCACAACUCUGACUCUGAAGGAAUAUGUUGGGCCUGAGAAUAGAACCCUGGCUGGGGAUAGGGACACAGGCUUGAAGAUCACUUGAUAUCUGACUAUAAAUUAAGUAUUCUGAUCAGUAAGAGCAGACUGGGGGGCCAGGUGCUUCCAGUGGUGACAAUAAAGUGUUGUCUUUUUCUUGUU